AUGAGAAAGCGGAUCCGUCACUUCAUCGGGCGCGAGAGCUCGGAGCAGCUCGCUUUCAUCGACGAGCUGCACGCGUUGGGUCUGAGUAACGACGUCGAGCUACCCGAGCUGGUCGUGCUGGGCGACCAAAACACUGGCAAGAGCUCCGUACUUCAAGCCAUCACCGAGAUCAACUUUCCGGUCAAGGACACCAUGUGCACGCGUUUCCCGAUUCGGAUCUCGUUCAGACAGACCCCGGCCUCCAAGAAACCGACCGUUAAGGUUACGCUGAUCCCCGGCCUAUUGUCGGAGAAAGAUGACGCACUUGUUAGCCGCGCCGCGAAUUUUAGCUUCGAGAAGGAGGAGCUUACUGAGGAUGUGAUGGCAGAGAUCAUACGUGAGGCCACGGAAUGCAUUUUCCCCGGUCAGACCCCGGCCAAGCAGACCACUCUUAGCGAUACUACCCUAAGCAUCGAGCGCUCCGGCACCGAAGAGAUGCACUGGACAAUUGUCGACCUCCCUGGCUUGAUCCGCAAGGGCAAGCCGCAGGACGUUGCCACUGCAGAAGGCCUGGCUCGCCGGUACCUGGAAAACGAGAGAAAUAUUGUCCUACGUCCAACGUCACAAGAGCUUGGAGUUGGUCGAGCAAAUACCAGGGUUGCAGAGCCGCUGUAUUGGGAUCUUGACGAAGUGCGAUUGCAGCCCAAAGAGAUGAAUGUCUCCGACAAAGAACGAGAUGAACUGGAAAGGAAGGAGUUCGGCAAAUCAGCGUGGGAAGGCGUAGCUCACGAUCGAGCUGGCAUCAAGUCUUUGAUGGACUAUGUCGACAAAGAGCGUCGGACCCAACUGCAAAAAGGGAUACCCCUUAUCGUGGACGAAAUUCGGCAGAAGCUUCAAGAAUGCGAGAACGAUCUCAAAAAAUCUGGAGAAGCACGAAACACCCCGCGGGCGCAGCGGUACUACGUUCUCCAAUUUUGCAACGAGAUGCAGAAAAUGGCCGAAUCCACCCUCCGCGGCGAAAAGCGAGAUAUCCCAUCGAACGACCCGAACAUCAUGCUUCGCUACAAACUCCAACGCCGACUAGAUCAAUUCGCCGCGGAUAUUGUAGAUAUCAAAAAUAUGGCGAUUUACCCGACCAAGUUUGAGAAUGAUUUACACUAUCUCAGCGUGGAAUGCCCCAAUUCACAGGCCUGGGAGGAAAUGCUGAGAACUGCAAAUGUAGGGCUAUACGCAGAAAUUUAUAAGGAAGCCGAGAUUUGCCGAGGUAGGAGCCUGCCAGGAAAUGUCCACCCAGACGUGGAGGAAAAGAUUUUUCGAAAACUCUCAUCCCACUGGGAGCGCAUCGCCAGGGCUUUUGUUAAGGAUGCCAAAGACUGCGUCAAGGACUGCUAUGACCUCCUUCUUCGCAUUGCCAUACCAAACAGCAAAGUGCGUCUCGAGGUGAGCCGCAUUGUAGGAAAACGACUGGAAGAGUGGAACACGGAUACGGACCUAGCCCUCCAAGCCCUCAUAGAGGACAACCAAUCUCGUCCAUUGAUCACGACGAAUCCUAUUCUUCUAGAACAGACAAAAGCUGCAGACUGGCAACGCGACCAGAUUUUACUCAGGGGCUCAACACGGAACAAGCCAACAUCCACCAACCCGGCCGUGGAGAAGGAGGGGAAAGGGGAUGCUUCGUCUGAAAACCACCAGAAUCAACGUUUCGUGUCAACCAUGCUCAGCCAGGUUCUCUUUGUCGCGGCUAGACUCAGCGCAUACCACGAUAUCGCAGUGUACCGAUUUGUGGACAACGUUGCCAUGCAGGUGGUCGAACGACACGUGUUGGGCCCGAAAUGCCCAAUGCGCACUGUCUCCGCCGACAUCUUCGCCCAGCUCGACGACAGCGAGCUGAACACGGUAGCCGGAGAGGAUGAAGCGGAUUCCCGAGCUCGAAUGCGACUCGAGAGGGCACGUGACCGAUAUAGACAGGCAAUGGAGAAGUGGGAUCGACUGAGGGUUCUCUGA